CAUCUUGUUAUUGGAUGCGCACACACACUCGUGAAAUGUGUUGUGCAAAAAUACGUAACGUUGAAGCGUAUUGACACCGGCGGCGGCACGAGAGCAGCGGCGCGAGCAACUACUCGAGCGUGCACGCUCGAGCAUCAUGAGUACAAGCGAGGUUCCGUCGCCAUCGAGAGAGAGAUUCGCUUGACGUGCUGAUCGUCACGACCCGGAUUGUCGCUGGAUCGCGAGCCUUCUUCGCAGCUCAAAGGACAACUUCCCGUGAUGCACCACUGUCCGUUGCCUCGCGCGCUGUCUCGCGAGUGUCUCGGCAAUGCGAUGAAGACGACGACAAUCACGACGACGACGACGACAAUGAUGAUAAUACCGUGCGAUAACCGCACCACGCGUGCCUCAUCCCGGCAGUGAUCGGCACGCACGUUGUUGGUGCUUCUAUAAUGACAGGAGUACACGACAACCGAGCGCAACGUGGAACUGCUGUCGCGGUUGCUUAAAUCGUGAAAUUAAACCUCCAGCGCGAAUUUGUUUUGUCCCGCUGAACGAUUGUACGCUGGACUAAGCGAUCCUGGGCGUAAUGGCAACUCACAAGACGGGCGGGCAGAGCGCCCGUAAAAAAGUACAGGUGUCUAUGGUUAUACGCGAUGAAGUGGAAAGGCAACACAGAGCCGGCGUUAAUUCCCUGCAAUACGAUCCAGCCUUACACAGGCUAUAUUCUGCUGGCAGAGACAGCAUCAUAAGGAUAUGGAAUUGCAGAAAUAUGAAGGAGCCGUACACACAGUCCAUGGAACAUCAUACAGAUUGGGUCAACGACAUAGUGUUAUGUUGUGGUGGUAAAAAUCUUAUAUCCGCGAGUUCAGACACCACUGUCAAAGUUUGGAAUGCGCAUAAGGGUUUCUGCAUGUCCACACUGCGUACACACAAGGACUAUGUCAAGGCAUUGGCAUAUGCCAAGGACAGGGAGCAGGUUGCUAGUGCAGGUUUAGACAAGUCGAUAUUUCUUUGGGACGUCAAUACACUGACUGCUCUUACUGCAAGCAACAACACAGUGACAACAUCGUCUUUGAGUGGAAACAGAGAUUCCAUCUACAGUCUGGCCAUGAAUCAAACUGGCACUAUUAUCGUGAGUGGUAGCACAGAGAAGGUCCUUCGCGUGUGGGAUCCACGAUUUUGCACCAAACUCAUGAAACUUCGCGGCCACACGGACAAUAUCAAGGCAUUGGUCUUGAAUAGGGAUGGCACUCAAUGUUUAUCGGCUAGUUCUGAUGGCACUAUUAAACUGUGGUCGCUCGGCCAACAGAGAUGCGUGCAAACCUACAGAGUUCACAAGGAGGGCGUGUGGGCGUUACUGGCGACAGACAGUUUUAGCCAUGUAAUAUCUGGAGGCAGAGAUAAGAGGAUAGUAAUGACAGAAUUAGGCUAUGCGGAGAGAUAUACAGUCAUUUGUGAGGAGAAAGCGCCUAUACUUAAAAUGGCCAUGACGCCAGAUCAAUCUAGUAUUUGGGUAGCGACUAGCGAAUCGACCAUUAAUAAUUGGUCUAUAAGCCAAAAAGACUGGCAAGAAUUGGGGAUCGGAGAUUGUUGCGAUUCUGCCAGUAACGUAUCGGGCGGUGUGAAUAUAUUGAGAAACACCGAACCUACGCAAAAGAUAUUAGGCGGCCCUGCCAUAAGACAUUAUCACGUAUUAAAUGAUAAAAGACACGUUAUGACGAAGGAUACAGAGGAAAAUGUUGCUUUGUAUGAUGUAUUAAAAGCGUGUAAAGUAGAAGAUUUAGGCAGAGUCGAUUUCGAGCAGGAGUGUAAAAAAAGAAACAAAAUGGUAUAUGUUCCAAACUGGUUUAACGUUGAUCUCAAAACAGGGAUGUUAACUAUACACUUAGGACAAGAUGAGAACGAUUGUUUUUCCGCAUGGGUUUCUGCCAAGGAGACCGGUCUGGCAGAAAAUGAUGCUGUAGAUCAGAAAGUGAAUUAUGGGAACCUACUGUUGCAAGCCUUACUCGAGCACUGGUGGAGGCCGUUACACGCUGACGAUGAGAACGAAGGUAAUAGCAAUGAUGGAAAUGGUCCCAUACAUACGAGAGGAGGAAAUCAAUACUUCUCAGUACCUAGUCAUACACCUGUCAUCUUCAGUGAAGUUGGAGGCAGAACCCUUUAUCGACUAUUAGUUCGAGAUGCCGCGGGAGAAACCGAAGGUGUGCUAUUAAAUGAAACAGUGCCGCCAUGGGUAGUAAACAUAGUCGUGGAUAAAAAUCUUCCGCAAUUCAUUAAGAUACCUUUUUACCUUCUUCCACACGCCACUUCCGGUGUAAAGAGUUUGAAGAAGGAUCGUUUGAUCGCGAAUGAUUUUAUACAAGUGCGUAAAGUGGCGGAGCAUGUUUACGAUAAGGUGCUCGGUGCAGGAAGCGAUUCAGGUUCGGUAGCUGGUGGCGGAAAUACGGUCUCCGGUGGAUCUCCAGCGGGCGAUAGAACAAACACGGAUUCCAAUGCUGACAAUUCUUCGUUGGCCGAGGAAAAGGUCGAACUUUUAUGCAACGAUCUGGUCUUGGAUCCCUCGAUGGAUUUGAGAACGGUCAGGCACUUUAUCUGGAAAAGUUCGACGGAUUUGACACUUCAUUAUCGCCCUGUUAAAUAGUUAGGAUUAACUACAUUGCAUCAUGAGUCUUUACAGUGUGCCUGGUUUUAUACCAUGAAUAGUGGAAAAUACAUGGGCUAUUUGCAAAAUAUGGUACCUUGUGCCACUGUUUCCUUAGGAAAUGAUCACCUGGAUUUCACGGAUGUUUCAUACGAUGUCGAGACAGGAACGAAGGAUAGCGGCGAGGCAUAUUUGGAGUAUUAGGAAUAGCACGUGAAGUUCGAAGGCAAUAAUGUGUGGAAGUAUUAAACGUAAAUUGCUCACUUUUAUACACCUCUGCAUCCUGCGGCCAAAUUCACACAACGGAGCAUUACUCUCGAUCGAUUCGAUCCGCUUGAGAAUAGCAUGCUUUUUGUACCUGGAUGUAGAAGUUAAAGCGCUUGUUGUCAGCCAUUUAUCGUCUUCCCGCGUCAAAGUUAUCAGUAAGAAAGUAUGGCACAAAUACAAAGGGAGAAAAUGAAUGGAGGGAUAGACUGCAUGGCCGAGAUAAUUGUUGGUUUUAUUAGGUCUAACGCCAGGUGAUCCUCACGAAUGCUUCUAAAGUUUUUCUUUAUUAAUUCUCUUUUAGAGCUAUAUACUCCGUAAUGAGUAAGUAGGAUUCUUUUGUUUUAGUAUUUUAAUAAAAGUAUUGAGUAUUUAUUGAAAGUAUGAAAAAAAGAAAAAUGUAUAAGGUUUUGUUACGUGCAUGCAUGCAAAAUGUACUCCACACCUGCCUUGUUACAUUAGAAAGCGAAAGAAAGAGAGAAAAGAAGAAAUAUAUAUAUGAAAGAAGGAAGAGAGAGAGAGAGAGAUAUGUCAAUUUACUAUUAAUCAAAUUAUAUUUGAAUAGCCAAAUUAGAAGUUCAAUAUUUCCUAUCUCGUUUACGCGAGAAAUAAAAAAAAGUGUAUUUGUCUGCAAUGUAAUAAGAUCAAAUUCUGUCUCCUGAUUGAAGCUAAUAAAGUAUGAAUAUAUAAAUGCGAUAUACUUGAGACACUACAGAUAAAUGAAAUAUCCGAAUUUGGAUAAAUAUGCAGUAUUCAACAGAAUUCGAUCUUAGAAGAGAUUUAUAAUGAAUAAAAAAUAUGUAGUUGUUUUUAUGUUAACAUUCGAUUUUUUAGACUAUAUAAAUUGUAUAUAUAUGAACGCGACUGUGAAUAAUGUCCAUUAAUAGUAGGUUGUAUGAAUAAAAAUUUAACAAAUCUUACUGUGCAGACAAUUCAAAUUACAAGCCGAUAAUAUGUGCUAUUAUUGUAAACAGUUAAAGAUCUUCAGGGGAAAGAAGUUAUUAGUUCGUAGAUUAAAUAUGGUCUGUGAGCUAUAUAGUUUGCGUUAUUGAAGUUAUACGAGCGAAUCUUUUUACAAGUGCAAAUGUAUAUUAUUAUAAUUUUAAAGCGCUACGCAAUGUACGAUACAUCGCUAUUUUCUGUUAUCAAGCUUCGGUUAAACCUCAGUUUGAUAGUGCUUUAAGGAUAUGUAAGAAUUUAUUUGCUAUCGCUUCGUUUACCAUUCACAAGAAAAGAUAUUGUUAAGAUACUACGAUAAAGAAACUACUUUUGUGUGACUCAAUGAGGGUACGUGAAUGUAUGACUGGUAAAAAAGAAAAUGUAUCGUCCUAGUUAAGGUUGCCUUAUUGGUUAUUUUUACAUUGUUUCAGAAGAAAUUGUGCAGUGAACUUAUAUUUUUUUAAUCGUUACGAAAUUUUAAAAUAUAAUUUCAAAUUGAAUGUAAAUUAACUUGUAGUAUAAAAAUAUAGUUAUCUUUUAAAUAUCUUAAUAUGGUAUGUUACAAAAAGAGAUAAGAAUUGUAAGUUGCGUUUAACUUUUAAAAUUAUUUAUUAUGACAAUGUGACUCGUACGAUAGUAUACAUAGCGAUUAAUAAUAAUCAGUGAGAAUUAUUCGGUUCAUUGCAUAGUUCUCUCAGAGUGUGCUGUACAUAUUAGUGUUCUCUAUGCAAAUGUGUAUCUUGCAUAAAUCGAGAUUGAUCAUUCUGCGAUUUUAUUUUUUCGAAUAAGUCAUUCACUUUAGACAUUCGUUAUCGUAAAUCGAGAGAAUAAUCGUGAUGUGCCUGAUCAUAGAUCAUAAGUUACAGAGGGCAUUUCAAUUAUGACUUGUAUUGAUAUUUAAAACAGUCCAUGAUUACAAGAUACGCGACCGCAGUAUACAUUAUCAUUUUGUUUAUAUUAUACAAAUGAUAUAGAAAUUAUAAAGUACGCGUCAAGAAGUUAC